GAUGAUUGCGCAUCUCUGACCUGACAUUCUCACAUUCGUAGAGACACACAUAUACGCAUCAAGUUUGAUCAUGUCUGAACAAAUCGAAGAGAUAGCGCCUGACAAAGCUCCUGCUCCAAAAACAACCAAAACCAAGAAGGCACCGGCGAAUGAGGGCAAACCUGUCGUAACUGCCUCUCCAGCUAAAAAGAAGAAAAAGAAGAGCAAGGGGCCCGGCAAGUACAGCCAGCUUGUCACUGAUGCGAUCCGAACCUUGGGUGAGAAAAACGGCUCGUCGCUUUUCAAGAUAUACAAUGAAGCGAAGAAAGUGAGCUGGUUUGAUCAGCAGAAUGGUCGCAUGUAUCUGCGCUAUUCUAUCCGCGCGCUCCUGCUGAACGACACGCUCGUGCAGGUGAAAGGACUUGGAGCCAACGGCUCAUUCAAGCUCAAUAAAAAGAAAUUUGAGAAAAAGGCAAAGAAAAAUACCACCAAGUCGACCAAAACAGUUAAGUCUACCAAACCGGCGUCCAAAAAAGCUGUGGCAAAGAAAGUGAGUGCAAAGAAGGGCGCCAAAAAAAGCCCGGUUAAAAAGACUUCCACGACCACGAAGAAACCGAGUGUUAAGAAGACGACAAUCAAACAGAAGAAAACCGCUCCCAAAAAGCCAAAAAUCACGGCAAAGAAAGCGUCCAAGGCAAAGAAAUCAAAAUAGACUUUCUGGUUGAAACGACAACUGAAUUGUUCUGAAUAUUAUGAUGUUUUCGACAAUAGUACUGAGACGUAUGGGGAAGCUUCGUUUUGUUUUUGUGUGAUGAUGAUGAUGAAUUCGGACUUUAUUCCUUAAAAUAGCUUGCUGUAUGUUGACUUGGGACUAUUUCCAUUUGUUUUUUAAAGUUCUUCUAGCUCUAAAGAAACAGCUUCGCAGUGACACGCCCACUUCAGUUUCUGCUCUGCAAACGUCACGCUUUUCGGAAUGGCAGCGACACUGCUGUUUUGAUUUUGAAUCAUUUCUACUGGCUUUGAAUUUGUCUGUUAGAAGAAAAAGGUGGGGACACUUUGUAAAUGUAAUGUAUUAGAAUGUUUUAUACGUCUGUUAUACUGUUUCAUAUGCACUGUAUCCCUGAACUUGUCUGCAAAAGCAAUCUGUAUGUAAAAUAAAAACUCUCUUUUUAUAUAUAAACGA